AGGUCAGAAGCUCUUUCUAAUGGUGAGUUGACCGUAAGGUUUCUGUGCGUCACUGAUCUCACAGCGCUUGGACUGGCUGAAGGCGCAGGAAACCGACAGCCGUUGCAUCAUGAUGUCAGCGGCGCAGUUAGACGCGGACGCACAUCUGAGCAGCCCCAGGACCAGCCCUCGGAUUAGCGCUUGAGCCGCAGGAUUUACCGGAGAGGUGCCUAUAAUUCACCGGGAGCGACGCGCCGAGUCAGGGCAGACGGGAGUGAUCCAGAUUCACUUCAUGUUCCAGUGGAGCCGCAAGCUUCUUUUUUAAUAUCAUAAUAUCGCGUUUUGCGCACGUGACUCCGGGACUUUCCAUACUGGACGCAACACUUUAGAAAAGCCUUGACCGAGUGACCAAAGUUGAGCAAUGGCAGGUUGUACUCACGGCCCAGUGUUUGGGAACGUUUUUGGUGGAAUCUGGUGUUUUCAUUAGUCAUCAGAGGAGUGAUAAUGUGUGUUAGUCCUGCUGCCAGUGGACACGUCUAAUCCCACCCCCGAUUAUAGCGCACAGAUGGAUUGCUUCGUGCCGGCCAGCCGGCUGACACCAGGGCCCGGUCACAUUUAUUUAACCGCUAUGCUUGCGUGUUGAUUGCUGAGUUAAAGUCAUUUAGGGGCAGUUCAGCAUCAUUUGGAAGCGGGUUCCCGGUUUCUCCUCCCGGCGCCAAAAUGAGGAGAGCUGUGCUGAAAGAAGCCGCCAAACGAUUCCCCUGGCUGGCCAAUGUCACCUUGUACGGCUGCUUAUUUGCCGGAGGUGACCUGGUCCAUCAGCUCAUAGCUCAGAAGGAGAGCAUGGACUGGAGACACACUGGUAACGUGGCCAUCGUGGCUAUCAGUUUCCAUGGAAACUUUAAUUACUUCUGGCUACGAGCCCUGGAGAGGCGCUUCCCUGGAAAGUCUGCCGGGAUGGUUCUCCGAAAACUGCUGCUGGACCAAAGCUUCGCGUCACCUUUGGCCACCAGUGUCUUCUACACAGGGGUGAGCUUCUUGGAGGGUAAAGAUGACAUCUUAGAAGACUGGAGAGAUAAGUUCUUCAACACCUGGAAGACUGGACUUAUGUACUGGCCUUUUAUGCAGUUUCUGAACUUUGUCCUGAUGCCAUUAUACAUGCGAACGGCCUUCAUGGGCUGCUGCGCCUUCCUCUGGGCCACCUUUCUGUGCUUCUCGCGGCAGGACGGCGACGGCACCGCCACCGUGGCUCUGGCCUUUGUCAUGGAUCCCCGUAAAACAUUGGAGGAGAUGCGUGAGGCCCGGCUCGCCCGAAGAAAGCAAAGGACCCAGAAGGAAAACUGAAGGAAGGAGGAAAAGAGGGUCACCACGUCUGUCAUUCAAGCCUUUGAGCUUCGAUAGCAGGACAGAAGGUGUUUUCACUUUUGCUAAAACCAGCAUUCAAAAAGUGAAAGUGUAGAGAGCUGAAGAGCAUCUGGUUUAAGAGAAAAACUGUGUCACUGGGUACAUACAUCUGUCACAUACACUCACAAAUGAUUGACUGAUAUGGAUUUCUAAGGCCAUUGUAGAAGUAAAUAUGAAGAAUUCCCAAGGUACUGGAAGCACUGGACUAACUGCCUCUGCCCCUUUAAGUACUCCCAUCGCUACAUCACAAUAAGGCAACAUUUGGUUUCAAAUGGGAUCAACUUGGACCAAUGAUCACUUUAAAGGGUAUUUGAGUAGUGAUAAGGGACUGCGGCUGGUUGUAGUUGAUGCUGGUUUGAUGUGAGCCUGCAGUGAAGAUCCUAAGAUCAGAUUUAAGGGCUCACUAUUUCUUUACACUAGUCGUGCCUUCUUUUGGUGAGAAGACCACUGCCCGCGACCCCUGGUCUACGAGCUGAUGGUGUUUGGCUGACUAGUGACUAGUGGUCACUAGUUGUCAUUGAUAACAACUAGUGACCACUAAUCACCAUAUAUAUUUAUAUAUAUAUGUGCUUUUAUUUUGGGAUGCACUGAUGUAUCAGACCGACAGCAUACACAAGACAACAGGCUUCAAAACCAGACCAAAACUAUUGAUGUUAAUAUUCUGAAGAUAUCAAGUGGUGGCAUUAGAGGAAAGGUCAGGAUGUCAUCAGAAACAUUACAAGAGCUUUACCGAAGUUAUUGGCUAUUGCUACUUAACACCAACAACUAAUUCUUACAAGUGUAACAGAAACAUUUUGAAUCCAGCAUCAAAAGUUCUCUAAUAGCUGUCUCCAUCGAUGGAACUUAACACCAUUUGUUUGUGCAGAAUACAAAAAAGAAAUGUAAUAUUGAGCUUUAGUUAGGAGGCUGGCUUGCUUCUGGUUAUUAUGCUGAUAAGCUAACCACUAGAUGGCUGUAGGAGGAUAUUAAUGUGAACAGACAUGAGAGUAUACAUCUUCUCAUCCAACUCAAUUCCAAUUUAUUUAUGCAGCAGUAAAAAAGAGUAUAAGCACAUUUCUGAAAAUGUUGAACUUUCCCAUUGAGGAUGAUGGUCAUGCUAAGCUUAGCACUACCAGUAAAAGGGCUCAUUAUGUGUUACCACAACAGGAUAUUUGUCGGUGCAUCCCACUUGUGUUGUGUGUCCUAGUUUUACCUGUUUUACCUGUUACUACACUUUCUCAAUCCUGUCCUCUUACUUGAAUGAUCACAUAGGUUGCCAUCAGCCCAGAUACCUUAUCAUGCAACACAUCCAGUUACCUGCACCAGACCCAUCAUUUACUUUUUGCAUAGAUUUUUAAUAGUGAAGUUGGAAGAUUUGUGUAGUUUACUUCUAUUUAUCCAAAAGAGAGGGAAGAGACUCGUUGCUUCAUGUACAAUAGAUAAACAGUUUUAAAUCAGUGGUGUAUAACUCUGUGUUGUACAUAAUAUUUAUGGAUUUCUGUUUUUCCCUGUUCAACACAAAAAUAAAACCUCAAAGAAUAUUAUUUAUGGUUCAGAACAUAGUAAUAUUGCAAUAUAGUAAACUGUGAGAUUCGUAACUAUUUUGUUGCAUCAGUACUAUUGGACCAUUGUGUUGUAUGAAAACUUGUAUUUCCAAUUUGGCAUAAGGGACAGGACAUUAAAAGUGAUGAAUAAAUCAGAGUCAAACACUUGAA